AUGGUUUUCAGGGUGAUCGUCAGACGCCAAGCCUUUCUGGAUGCCAAACGAAUCAGUGUUGAUGCUGAAGGAUGUGGCUACGGCACAUACUACGAGGAUGGCAAAGGCUGUGUUGACCCCACAGUCGAACCGUUUCUGCAAGGGCUUUCUGUUACGGAAGUGGUCGUGUUGGAGACGCUUUGCCAGUAUAACACCGACUGCUUGGGAGGAAUGUACUGUUCCGAGGUGAACCCUAACCAGCCGGGCUGCACCUACGACAUACAGUGCGAGGCGGUAUGGCCUGGAGCCAAGUGCCGGAUGGACAGUAGCAUCGGCACAUGUCGAUGUCCAGCACUAAACGACCCUAACCCAGCUUCUGGUUCACUUCCCGUCGGCUGCACAGUGGGAUCAUCGGCCUCUGUCGAGCCCGUCGUCGGUCUACAUGGAGGUGGAGCUUGUAUCUGGCCGUCGUCUGGAGAGUUCAUUGGAGACGUCUACGACUGUAUUCACACCAGUCCUCAUCGAAGCAAAUCCCCGGUGUCGCAAUAUGCUCCGACAGCGAACGGUGUCUGCUGCCCCAGUCGAGCUCUUGCUUGCACCCAGCCCCAAGUCACUGGGCCAAAUCCAACGGAACCCCGAUGGUGGUACAAUUCUGUCACAGGCACGUGCCAACAGUUCAUGUGGGAUCCACACGCCUCCGAGGCGCAGUAUCACUCGGCGAACAAUUUCAGGACCAUUCAGCACUGCGAAUCGUACUGCAGAGACACUUGCUCUAGAGGAUCGCCACAAUAUUCGGGCGAAGCACAAGUGAACGUGGAACGACCUGUGACUUCAUGUGCUUCGUCAGUAAGCUGCGGCAACGACUUCCAAUGUGCCGCAGUUGGCAGUCAACACCUCUGCUGUCCGACACCAGGCAUGUUCCCUAGAUAA